UUAUAAUUAAAAUGAUCAAUCAAUAUCCACAGCCAGCUCAAAGCAAAUUAGCAGUUCAACCUCAGAUUAUCAAUCCAGAGGGACAACUGUAUGCAAACAAUAGCCAGCCUGGAGGAACUGAAGCUAAAUAUGGAUUCAAUACGGAUAAGAUGAGCGGUUAUGAGAAAGACCCUGGUUAUAACCCAAAUCAAAACGUCUAUUCACCAGCAGGCCCGGCUGCUGAAAUGCAAGCCAAUCCUGGGUAUCCACAAGCCUAUGGUAACAAUCAUCCAACUGUAAUGAAUGCUGCAGCUUAUGGAGGAGGUAUGCAGAAUCCAGGAGGAAAUCCGUACCCUGUUCAUGCUCCAAGAGAUGUUCAAAGAGCCGUCGACGGAGAGAAAAGAUGGAAGGGGAAGAAUUGACUUGACUGUAUCACCAAACUCAAAGGAGAUGAAGUAAGGCAAGGCUUUGUUCGUAAAGUCUUUGGAAUUCUGACAGCUCAGACUGUGUUCACUGUCAUUCUCUGUGCUAUUGUCCUUUCAACAAAAAGUAUAGAAGAUUGGCUACAGGACAAUAUUUGGUUCUAUUUUGUAUCCCUUGGAGUAACGGUGACACUGAUGAUCGUCUUGGUCUGUUUUAGAAAACCUGCAAGAAAAGUACCCAUAAACUAUAUUCUUUUGUUCACAUUCACAUUCUUUGAAUCAAUGAUGGUAGCUACUAUUAGCAGCUUCUAUGAUGCGAAAUCUGUGAUGAUAAUGGCUGGGAUCGCUCUCGUUUUGUUUGCAACUAUGGCUACAGUAGCCUGAUUUACAAGCAGAAAGCCAGCAACAUUAGCCAUGAUGAUUUAUUGCAGUUUCACCAUUAGUUUAACUUGACUUUUCAUAGUCAUUUUCUUCUCCAACAGAUGGGUGGUCACUGUUGUCAGUGGGAUCAUGCUUGUAAUCGCUUGAAUUGGAGUCAUGAUUGACAUCGACCUUAUCACCGAAAAGCAUGGACUUGAAACAGAUGAGUACAUUAUUGGUGCACUGUUCCUCUAUAUGGACCUCAUCAUGAUAUUCCUCUACUUGCUCUCCCUUUUUGGUGAUCGAGGCUAA